UGCUAACAGGACGAUAGAACACAGGUCAGUGGCAGCGUUUUCUUUGUGUCGAAAAUGGAACGAAAAGUAGCUCGAGAAUUUAGGCACAAGGUGGAGCUGCUCAUUGACAAUGAGGCAGAAAAGGAUUACCUGUACGAUGUCCUGCGGAUGUACCACCAGUCCAUGGAGCUGCCAGUGUUGGUGGGGGACCUGAAGCUGGUCAUCAAUGAGCCCAGUCGCCUGCCGCUGUUUGAUGCCAUCCGGCCCCUCAUUCCCCUCAAACACCAGGUGGAGUACGACCUGCUCACCCCCAAGAGGUCACGUAAGCUGAAGGAGGUGCGUCUGGAUCGUACUCAUCCUGAGGGUCUGGGUCUGAGUGUGAGAGGGGGCCUGGAGUUCGGUUGUGGACUCUUCAUCUCACAGAUCGUCAAGGAUGGACAGGCUGGAAACAGUGGCCUGCAGAUGGGAGAUGAGAUUGUACGCAUCAAUGGAUACGCCAUCUCUUCCUGUAUCCACGAGGAAGUCAUCAACCUCAUCAAGACCAAGAAAAUCGUGUCGCUCAAAGUCAGGCAGGUUGGGAUGAUACCAGUGAAGAGUUCCACAGAGGAGCCUCUGAAGUGGCAGUUCGUGGACCAAUUUGUGUCUUAUUCUGGGGAUAAGAAAAGCAGUGUGGCAGGCCUGGCGUCCAUGGGAGGGAAGGAGAUCAAGGAAAAGAAGGUGUUCCUGAGCCUAGUGGGCACCAAGGGCAUGGGCGUCAGCAUCUCCAGUGGCCCCACACAGAAGCCUGGCAUCUACAUCAGUAACGUCAAAUCUGGCUCCCUCGCUGCUGAAGUAGGACUACAGAUUGGUGACCAGAUCGUGGAGGUGAAUGGGGUGGAAUUCACCAAUCUGGACCACAAAGAGGCUGUCAGAGUUCUGAAGAGUAGCAGGAGUCUAACCAUCACAGUUCUCACCGGCGCUGGCAGUGAGUUGUUUAUGACAGACGAGGAGCGUCUGGCGGUGGAGGCUCGCAGGGAGCUGGACAGACGAGAGUUGAUGCACCAGAAGAGGGUUGCCCUGGAGACUAACAAGGUGGUCAAGGAGCAGCAGGAGAAGGAGAGGCAGAGAAAGAUGGAGAUUUCUCAGAAGACUGCUGAGGAAGAGGAACGCUAUCGGAAGGAGAUGGAGAAGAUCGAGGCUGCGGAGAGGAAGCACCACAGGGAGUGGGAGGAGGACUGGGCGCCUAGAGAUCAACCCAAAACCAAGAGCCCAAAGAGUCCCUCCCCGGCCCCGCCCGAAAUCAACACCCCACCCCCCAAGUCCAAGAGCUCUGGUAAGGAUAGCUAUGCUGAAACGGAUGGUGACGGCUUUCAGAAAUAUGUGGAAGACUUUGAUCCCCACUCCAUGUUAUCCUCAGAGCAGAUAGCUGGGCGAGACGUGAGACUACUGAGAAUCAAAAAGGUUGGACCACUUGAUCUGGCUGUGGAGGGAGGAGUAGACUCUCCUCUGGGAAAGCUAGUGGUAUCUGCCAUUUAUGAUGGAGGCUCAGCAGACAAACAUGGUGGGAUAGUGCCAGGAGAUGAGGUGAUAGCUGUGAAUGGGAAGAUCCUGACUGACUCCUCACUGACAGAAGGACAAAACUCUCUGACCAGGGCCUGGAACAGUGGAGGGGAUUGGAUUGACCUGGUGAUAGCAGUGUCACCUCCAAAAGAGUAUGAAGAUGAGGUGACGUUCUUCUGAGAGUCACCUGACCACCAGCCUGCCAUACAAGCCAUACCCACCAACCAGCAACCAUCCUUCUCAUUCCAUCUGACGUUUUACAUAUUUUUAUCAUCACAGUCAAAUCCCUGCAUCAAACUGUUGCAAUGCAAUGCUGUUCACUAUUGACAGCAAGUCUGUUGAACCAGAACCACGCUGUGAUGUGCUACCUGUGAACUGUCUAGAAUGUUAAAGACUCAGUUUCAUCCUCUGUUGAGUUCCAUUUAGAUCCCAGUACAAAUACUUUCUGAAGAAUCGAGAGGGUUAUGACAUCACCACUUAAUACUCUGAGUCAAUAUUCACGUCAUAAGAAGGAAUUCACCUCGGCCACGCACACAAAUUGGGAAAAACAAACAUUCUUUCCAAUUGAACCCCAUUGUAAAAGAGCCAACUUCAUCGUCAAUUUGUUUUGUUAUACAGACAUUUUUCAAAAUGCUGAAAAGCUGCUGUGUUGUUCAAUGUACAUGUAACCAGGUCAAAAAUCCCGACCUAUGGUUUGCAAUGCUCCCAUGUAGUGAAAUAGUGCCUGCGAGAAGAACCCGUGGCUUCAGGCUAUUCGACGUAGGAGAGUGGGAAAUGUGGGGACCCGGUG